UGGCUGGAGUGUUUCGUCAUUAAUAAGGAAAUGACGUCAGCCGAUCCUAUCUGGUCCACCCCAGUGAUGACAGUGUUCAGAGUGUGUGACAGGUGAGAGGAUUCUCCUGUGCAGUGAUGUGUGUGAGGAGCUGCUCUACCUGAGCACAGUCUGUCAUGGACAGGACACUAAUGCACUAAAACUCCAUAUGGAUCAGGCCUUACUAUGGACACCUUCACUGUAAGCUUUUGAAGUGUGAAGAAGGCCCACAUUUGGAAAGUGGGCGAGGAAGGCAUGGCGGAGUUCUGGCUGAUUUCAGUUCCUCUGGACAAAGUCAGUUCACAAUCUUUGGAAAAGCUUAAAAGGGCCACGGUCAAAGCCAGCCUGGGAAGCUACUUCAGAUUCCACAUCCCAGAGCUGAAGGUAGGCACACUGGAUAUGUUGCUUAGUGUGUCUGAUGACCUCUCCAGACUGGACUCCUACACAGAACGUGUAAUGCGAAAAACGACUCAGUGUAUGGCAGAGCUCAUGGAACAAUCCGGUGACAAGUUCAUGGAGAAUGCUCUGGCUAAUGGAGAGCAAAAGGCACAUCGUAAAGUUUCCCAGUCGCCACUGAAAAUGAAUUUCCAAGCCUUACGGGUGGAUCUGACUACAUAUAUGACAAAGUUCCAAUGGGACAGAGCCAAGUAUCCCACUGCCCUGCCGCUUAAAACACUCUCCGAUCUUAUCUUCAAGCAAGUGGCCCAGAUCGAGACGGAGCUGAAGUCUCGUAAUGCUGCAUACAGUGAGGUGGAACUCAGUCUGCGAGAACUUGAGCAAAAAACAGAGGGAAGUCUGCACACCAGAGCUUUGACUGGCAUUGUGAAAAAGGAGGACUUGGUUCUCAACUCUGAGUAUCUCACCACUUUACUGGUUGUGGUGCCCAGGAUGUGCAUUAGGCAGUGGGAAAACACCUAUGAAUCCAUGUCAGAGUUUGUGGUUCCUCGCUCCAGCAGGAAGUUGCUGGAGGAAGAGGAUGCUGGGAUUUUCACAGUGACACUAUUCAAGAAUGAUGUUAACAAAUUCAAAGCCAAUGCCAAAAAGCACAAAUUUGUAGUGCGAGACUUCAACUCAGAGGAAGCAGAGUGGCAACAACAGGAGAUGAAGCGCCUCAGCAUUGAUAAGAAAGACCAGUAUGGAAAAUUUGUGCGCUGGCUGAAGGUGAAUUUUAAUGAAGUAUUUGUGGCCUGGAUCCACGUUAAGGCCCUCCGAGUGUUUGUGGAGUCAGUCCUCAGGUAUGGCCUGCCAGUCAGUUUCCAGGCUCUCCUGCUCCAGCCACAGAAGAAGCAGGUAAAACGGCUACGGGAGGAGCUCAACUCUGUAUUCACACACCUGGACCCCAUGGCUGCAAAACAGGAAGUGGGACUUGACAUUGCAGAGGUUAACAUAGGACAGCAGGAAUACUACUCCUACAUCUAUUACCCAAUCAGCAUUAACUUAGUGGACUCCAGCUAGCAGACACAGACCAAACAAAAACAGACUCAUACAUCAUGCCUAUGUGACCCAGGCAAGGAUUUCAAAACGACAAAACCUACACUGUGGGUGUUAUCAGCUUUUUGACUGGAGGACUUUCAAGACGAAUGUAAUGGAAGAAUGUAACCAGCAACAUAACAUGCACAAGGACUGAUUUCUUCACAGGCUUGAAUACACACUUACCCACUGUGUAGUCAAGUUAAAAGAAGCUCAAGCUAUGAUCAGAAUUUUUACUCGCUCAGAAAAUGGAGAAUGUUGUUUUUAAUCUAUUCUGUGAGUAGCUGGGGUAUAAUUUGUAUUCUGCUUAUUGUUUAAUUAUGUAAAUAAGUGUAAAUAAUCUCAGAAGACUCUAACAUUUAGAAAAGUAUUGUACACUAUUAUAUUUAAUUUAUUUGGUGAAGAUAGUCUGGAUCCAAACGGUUAAUCGUGUUAUAACUAUGUUAAUGCCAUCUGAUGACACCUUGAUCCCUUUCCCAAAUCAGUUUAUACAGUCUACCAGUCCGAGGCCACAUUUACCAUGACUACUCCUUGAGCCUGAUUAUGUUAUAGCAUUUCCUUCUAUUUUUUUUUUUUUUUUUUGCUCUUUCAUCCACAGGAGAGGAAAACUAGUCUAAGAAGGGUAGCUUCUGAACCUCAGGGCUAGCCCUAAACAUAAGUGAGCCAGGGGUUCUAUUGCAGGAAGGGGAAAAAAACUAAUAGUAAUAAUGUAAUAUAACACUAAAAUAUUUAGUAUUUGCCAGAAUAUCAGAAACAGAACUGUCGAUUAAGAAAAACAAAUAUUCAUACAAGGUUGUAAAUAAAACUGACAGUCCUAGUUGUGAAUCAUUUAUUGUGUUGUACCCAGGGCCAGUUCUAGACAUUUGGAGGCCCUAGGCAAAAUUUAUACUGGAGGCCCCCUGGCCUCCUUCCCUCCACAUUUCAGAAUAAAUAAAAAGCACUUGAAACAAAUAAAAUUUCUAACCUUUUUAUUUAUACAAAACCUGUUAUCAUUACUUGUAUAUAUUUACUUAAAUGUGCAUAUUA